GGUUCGGUGAUCAUUGUCUCGCCUUAGCCUUAGCCUUCAGAUGCCUGAAAGAAGUAAAGCACCAGUCGCUACCCGAGUCGCUUACUUCCGAUCCACCCCCGAUCCCGACGCCGCAAGAGCCGCCUGACUGCUGGAAUCAAGGCAGUACAAAUAUUCGUGAAAUUCUUUCCCCCCGAAAAGCCUUCCGAUCACGAGCUCCCUGCAGUAGCAGUCUGAACAAAGUGAGAAGCUGUUCUUCCCCCAAAAGCCUCCCGCCGUUUCAGUCAAGCAAGACUCGUCGCGCAGCUUCAGCGUUUCCUCCUCAUGUCGUCGUCGCAAUGGCCGCUGCUAGUCGCGGCCGGAAUCGGCGGCUUCGCGGUGGGGUGCUUCUGGGGGCACUUAAUCUCCUCGGCGCGAUGGCGGCGCGCGGUCCUGGAGCUACAGGCGUGGCAAGCGGACAACGCGGGGGGAGGUGGCGGGAGGAAUUCGGGCAAGGCGGGGAAGGGGGGCGUGCUGCUGGAGCUAGAUAAUAUGGCGCGGCAGUUCGAGGACUUCAAGAUGGUGCUGGUGGUGCGCAACGACUUGAAGAUGGGCAAGGGCAAGAUCGGCGCGCAGUGCGGCCAUGCCACGCUCGGCCUCUACAAGAGGCUCGCCAAGAGAGCACCUACAGCUCUGGAGAGGUGGGACGAGAACGGGCAAGUGAAGGUGGUGGUCAGAGUGGACUCCGAGGAGGAGCUCAUCAUUCUGCAGGACAAGGCGAAGAAGUCAGGUCUUCCGACGCACAUCACCAUCGACGCUGGCAGAACGCAGAUCGAGCCAAACUCCAAGACAGUUAUGGCCAUCAUUGGUCCACAGCAUAUAGUGAGUGACAUCACCGGGCACUUGAAGCUUCUCUGAGGGGCGAAGCAAGAAGCGUUACAGUAACUACGGGGCCAAUGGCGAAUUCAAACACGCAUGUUGCGGAAAGUUGCAGUCAUGUUUCGGGUGCGACAGGCAAAAAUAGCAAAUUCCAAUUCAAGUUGGGUGCCUGGUAUCUGGAAUCAUCAUGGACUAGACUAGACGCGAGCAUCUGCAACGUGCACAGGAAACGUGACACAUGAGAAAUACAUGUACCGAUUUUUUUGUCGCUGGAUUACAUGCGGCAAGUUGGGUGCUGGACAUUGUAAUAAAUAUAUUAAUGGUGG